UUUCUUCUAACGUUAGUCCUUCCUGUUUGCAAAGAUGGAGUCAGAGGGAAUUUUAGCCCCGCUGUCACUCUCUGCUAAGUUUGAGGGGUCCUUUGCCUAUCUGACUGUGAGAGACAGACUACCAACCAUACUCACAAAAGUGAUAGACACAUUACACCGCAAUAAAGACAAUUUCUUCAAAGAAUAUGGAGAGGAGGGGAUCCAGGCAGAGAAGAGAGCCAUCUCCUUCCUGUCCAAGCUGAGGAAUGAGCUGCAGACAGACAAACCUGUUCUGGCUCUGACUGAUAAUGCUGAGGACACAGAGGCCUGGAAUGAAUACAUGCGAAGACAGCAGGACCUGAUGGAGGACGGGAGGCCUGUCAGCUGGUUCAAGUCACCAUGGCUCUAUGUGGAGUGUUACAUGUACCGGAGGAUACAGGAGGCUCUGUAUAUGAAUCCACCAAUAGAUAAGUUUGACGAGUUUAAGGAGGGAAAGACGCAAAGCUUCUUUGAAUCUCAACAGGCGAUUAAAUCCCUCUGUACAUACCUUCAGGAGCUCAUCACCAACAUGGAGAAUAUGACUGAGAUUCAGCUGCGAGACAACUUUCUCAAGUUACUUCAGGUCUCUCUGUGGGGAAACAAGUGUGAUCUGUCCAUCUCUGCCGGUCGGGACAACUCACAAAAGUCCAGUCCCAUCGAUUCUCUUCCUGAUCUCCAGAGCUGCAUCCUAGUGGAUGACUCCAAUAUGGUUUGGUCAAUGCUGGUUGCUGCUCAAGGAUCCAGAUCCUCAGGGAUAAAGAAUGCCAGAGUGGACAUUGUUUUAGACAACGCUGGUUUUGAGCUUGUUACCGAUCUAGUCCUUGCUAGCUUUCUUGUUUCUGCCGGACUAGCCAAGCAAAUCCGAUUUCAUGGCAAGUCCAUCCCGUGGUUCGUCUCAGACGUCACCAAACAAGACUUUGAGUGGACCAUCAUGCAGACCGUGGCAUCUAAUCACAAGUGGAUGUCAGCCAGCGGCGUCCAAUGGAAGCAUUUCAUGAAGGAGGGUACGUGGUCCUACCAUGACCACUCUUUUUGGACCUUGCCCCAUGAGUUCUGUGACAUGGCGGUGGGUGCAGCUGAUCUCUACAGCACGCUCCAGGGCUCUGAUCUGAUUAUCUUCAAAGGAGACCUUAACUACAGGAAGCUUACUGGAGAUAGGAAAUGGGAGCACACGGUUCGGUUUGAUCAAGCGUUGAGGGGGUUCCAACCUGCCCCUCUCUGCAGUCUCAGGACACUGAAGGCUGAUGUUCAGGUGGGCUUACAGCUAGGCCAGGCUGAGAAGCUCAGCUCUCAGGAUCCAGACUGGAUGACUAAUGGCAAAUAUGCUGUGGUUCAGUUUUGCAGUCCACACAGAGAACAGUAGGGUCGUUUUUAAAGAAAAGAGAGAAAUUACCAGGAAGCAAGAGAUGAAGGACUAAAAUGCACAAAGGAUGCUGGUUCAGUUACCAACAUGCCAAACAAAUGUGUUGUUGUUUUAUCUUUGCUUGUAUUUGUAUGCAACAGUUGUCCUACCGAUUCUGCAUAUCAAACACUGAAAUAAAUCUUAACCUAAUUAAUGUCCUUGUUAAUAGAAUAAUGGCAUUUUGAAACCUGACAAUCUUUUGAUCAUAGUUUACACAAUCUAUGAUUUUUUUGUUUGUACUGUUGAUCUGUAUUGUGUACAAGUAUGGUUGCUUAAAAAUACAGAUGUAAACAUGCCAAAAAAAAACACAAUUCAUAAGAAUCCAUAUGUGUGUUGUUUGGUAUGAACCUGAAUUUUAACUUCUGCUAUUGACCAAAUAGCAAUAGAGAAUAGCGAGAUAUGCAAUUCGGGAAUUUUCAAAUGUACUAAUCAUUAAACAAAACACAAAUUCACAAUGAUUUUCUGUCUUGAGAAAGGAAAUACAUUCUGCUUUCUGGCUGAUAAAAAAUACUGGCCAUAUAUAUACCACCUCAGAGAGUUAGGGUUAGGGUUCAUUGUUUACACUGGAUUGACUAGCAAUUUCAAAGCAAGUUUACCAGGUUUUCCAGUGUCUGUUGUGAUGAAGAUUGCACCAUGAUGAUUUCUUUUUAAGCUGAUUUAUGAGCAUUCUGGAAACAGAUGCUAGUAAGGAUACCAUGCAAAUGUACUCACACUUGUUAAAAUGCAAACUCUUUUGAAAAUUGAAUGCAACUGCAUUCAAAUGCAAAAUAUUUUUUUUCUUUUUUUAAAUUAAACUCUCAUAAUCUAACUGUUUAACAAUUCGUUUUAGAGAUUCAAUUAAUUUCUGUUCACCUAUUCAUUUCUCUUCUCUGACCUAUCCUUUGAGAGCACAAUUUGUUUACUUUUACAGUUUUUUUUUUUUUUUCUUUUAGUGUGUGUGUGGGUGCUUCCUGGGUCUUCCAAGGAGCCUUGCCUCCAUUCUACAGAGCAAAGAAAAGAGUCAAAAAAACAACAAAGAUUUGAUGUUACGUAAGAAUCACGUGAACGCUAUCUUUUGUGUUUAGGGGUCAGCGCGUACAUGCUGUUUAUCCUAAAAAAAACCAAGGCCAUGGUUUUGGUCUUUGAACUGUUCUAGUUCCCUUACGACAAGAGCUAAGCUCAAAAGCAGACUUAAAGAUUUCAGCUGGUCUCAAA